AUGGAGUCAGCAGAAGCAGGUGCCCCUGUUGUGGGGGUAGAGGAGCGCGUCCAGGAGCACGUGACGAUGCUCCACCAUCUCGGCACUGUCAUGGACUGCAUCGUCCAGACUAUGGAUGCUGGGAGAGACAGGGAGUCCCUCCAGCGCCCCCACGAGCACAACAGGGGUCUCCACUACUUGCCUCCCCUGCACCCGGUCCCAGUGGGAUUUGUCUCGCCCUUCCCAGGGAGUUUGAUGGGACGGCAGCACGCUGACAGGGGUUUCUGCUGCAGCUGGACCUGUAUCUGGGGACCGUCCACCUGGCUCCUUCGGGACAUGAGAGGGUGUCCUCCCUCGUCUCGUGCCUCUCGGGGAAAGCCCUGGAAGAAGCGGCCCAUGGAUCCCACCCCAAUACUCCCGGCCUUCUGCCUGGUGGCGCCGGUAGUAUGGGAGCUGGAUGCGGACAUUAAGCGGGCGUUAAGUGCAGAGCCCUCUCCCCUCCGGUGUCCCGCUGGGCGUCUGUACAUUCCGUCUACUUUCUGUGACCGGUUGAUCUAUUGGGCCCACAUGUCACCUUCCUCUGGUCAUCCAGGCAUCGGUCGGACGGUGUGCUGUCUGAGAGGGAAGUACUGGUGGCCCACCUUGGCAAAGGACGUGAAGGUUUAUGUUUCCUCCUGCUCGGACCAGCCAGGGGAGGACCGGCUCUGCCACUCCUGCACCAACCUCUCACCCUUCCAGUGCGUACUGGGGUACCAGCCAGUUCUGGUGCCUAGGCAGACCGAGGCUCCUGCCGUGAACAACUGGUUCAGGUGCGCGGAAGAGACCUGGGACGCCACCCAUGUACACCUCCAGCGGGCCGUGCUGCGCCAGAAGGCCAGCACAGACCGUCACAGCAAGCCCAUCCAGGAGCCGCAGGGGAACCUGGGUGUUCUUAGGGACAUCAGCAGCCCUAUCACAUCUGAUGAAGAGUACCUCAGCCCACUGGAGGAAGGCAUGGAUUUUGGAGGGCCUGAGACAACGAAGAUAGUCGACACACGAUUCAAGGAGCCCCCUGCAUUCCAGGUAACUAUGAAUGAUCAAGCGGUCAUUGAGGGGCAAGAAGUGACCAUGUCUGUCCGACUAAAUGGACAGCCCAAACCCAUGCUUUAUUGGCUGAGGGACAGGGAAACGAUAAAAACAGACUUGCGUCACACAAUGCGUGAGACCAAGGACGGCACUUUUGAAAUGACCAUCAACUCUGCUCAGAAGUCGGACACGGGAGUGUACACCUGCAAGAUCAUCAAUGAGUAUGGAACAAAGCAGUGCGCAUGCAAACUGGAGGUGAAAGUGCCACCAGUGGAGCCAGGCCUAACAAUUAUCCGUCCAGUGAUGGACAUCACAGCGGACGCAGGUGAGACGGUUAUGUUAGAUUGCCACAUAAAUGGACCACUGGACACAGACGUCGAUUGGCUUGCAGAUGGUAAACUGAUCCAGCCAUCUCUGCUCAACUGCAAAAUGCAUUUUGACGGGAAAAGGUGCAUGCUGCUCCUCAACUCAGUGCACGAGGAUGACAGUGGCACCUAUUUGUGCAAGCUGACCUCGGCCAAAGAGGAACUGACUUUAAGUGGCCAACUCAAAGUCAUCCCUUCCAUCAAGCCCCUUUUCACCCGCAAGCUGGAUGCCUUAGAGGUGAUUGAGGGACGUAACGCCCGCUUUGACUGCAGGGUCAGCGGAACACCACCUCCAAAAGUCAGCUGGAGACAUUUUGACCAUACACUGGUAGAGAGUGACAAUGUGCAGAUCUUACAAGAGGGAGGACGUCACUCCCUCAUAAUCUCUCAUGUCACCAACGAAGAUGAGGGCUUCUACACAGUCAUCGCUUGCAAUCCACACGGCGAUGCCGAGAGUGCCGCUGAACUCUAUGUCCAGGAGCCCAAACCUGCUAUGUCAUCUCAAAUGGUGAAGCUCGAGAAGAUGCCGUCCAUCCCGGAGGAGCCUGAGCUGCUGGUCAACGAGAUUGAGCGCUUCGUCAUGCCUGACUUUGUCAAACCACUGUACGACGUGGACGUGAUUGAGGGCAAGGAGGCCGUGCUCAAGUGCAAGGUGGCCGGCCUGCCGUACCCCACAAUCGUGUGGUUCCACAAUGGCAAGAAGAUCGACAGCAUGGAGGACAGGAAAUUGACACAGUUCAGAGACAUCCACAGCCUGGUCAUCAGCUCUGUCUGCCAUGCUCACGGAGGGGUGUACAAGAGUGUCAUCUCCAACAAGGUGGGCAAAGCCACUUGCUAUGCCCAUCUAUUUGUGACUGAUGUUCUUCCAGACCCUCCAGAUGGGCCCCCAGUAAUAGAGGCGGUUACUGGCAAGACUAUCACCCUGAGCUGGAAAAAACCCCGGAGGCUGGAUCCCUCUAUUGAUCCCAACACGUUGAUGUAUGCCAUCCAACAACAAGCACGGGGCUCGAUCCAGUGGACCAUCAUAGUGUCCAGUCUGAAAGACCCUUGCUAUACAGUGACCAGCUGCUCCAAAGGAGUCUGCUAUGCCUUCAGGGUCCUGUCAAUCACCACCAAGGCCUUUAGCAAACCCUCUCCGUCCACAGACCCAGUGCAACUUGUCAACAGAGGUCCAUAUCUUCAGGAGGGUCCGGUGAUCAUUGAUAAGCCAGACAUAGUCUAUGUCCAGGAGAACCUGUCAUUCAGCAUCACCAUCACUCUGAACCACGUCAACGCUUCAGUUAUCUGGAAGAGGAGUGGAGUGGUCCUUGCAAUCAAACCUGGGCUGUAUGAGAUGAGUAUGCCUGAUGAUGACCAGCACUCUCUGAAGAUCAUGAGGGUGAAGAGUGGCGAUGUGGGUCAACUGAUGUGUGUUGCCUCCAACAAGUUUGGCGUCGACUCCUGCAUCUUUAGUGUGGAAAUGGCAGCACCACCAACCUUUGAGUCCAUCAUGGAGGAUGUGGAUGUGCACAUGGGGGAGACACCUUGCUUGGCUGUGGUUGUGGAGGGCAAGCCCAUUCCCGACAUCCUUUGGUUUAAGGUGUAUAUCAUUGUAACCCUUUAUGAAAUUGCACUCAUGCCAUAUAUAUACUCUAUAGAUAACUACGAUGAUGAUACAUUGUUGUGCGAGAGUGGUCACAUCACCGUUGUGUAUGAUGACAACGAAUGCUCCCUUGUGCUGCUCAACACAAGUCCAGAAGAUUCAGGGGUGUAUACCUGCACAGCCAAGAACCUGGCUGGUUCUGUGUCCUGUAAGGCUGAGCUCACCGUGCGCACAGUUAAAGAAGACAAGGAGGAUACAAUGGAGGACGAGGAGACCGUUCUCAGGAAGAUGCGCCGGCUGACUGACUACUAUGACAUCCACAAGGAAAUAGGGAGAGGGGCUUUCUCCUAUGUGAAACGAGUGACGCAGAAGGUUGGUAAAAUGGAGUAUGCUUCCAAGUUCAUCUCUGCCCGAGCCAAGAGGAAGGCCUCUGCUCUGAGAGAGAUGAAACUACUGUCUGGGCUGGACCACGAGAGAGUCCUGUAUUUCCAUGAUGCCUUUGAGAAGAAGAACGCAGUCAUCAUUGUCACAGAGAUAUGCAAUGAGGAGUUGCUGGAGAGGUUAACAAAGAAAUCUACAGUAAUGGAGUCAGACAUCCGCUCCUGCAUGAGACAGUUGCUGGAGGGUGUGGAUUACCUUCACCAUCAAAAUAUCAUCCAUCUGGAUAUCAAGCCUGAUAACAUCCUCAUGGCAGACCACCAUGGUGAUCAAAUCCGCAUCUGUGAUUUCGGAAACGCCAUAGAGCUCACACCCGACGAGGCUCAGUACUGCAAAUACGGCACACCAGAAUUUGUUGCCCCAGAAAUUGUCAACCAAACUCCUGUGUCCAAGGCAACUGACAUCUGCCUGACUGGAGUGUCUCCGUUUGCUGGAGAGAAUGACCAGAGAUCCGUGCUCAACAUCAGGAACUACAAUGUGGCCUUUGAGGAGAGUAUGUUCACUGACCUGUGCCGAGAAGCCAAGGGAUUCAUCAUCAAACUGCUGGUGGCAGACAGACUGAGGCCUGAUACAGAAGAGGGUCUCCGUCAUCCAUGGUUCAAGACCCUUACCAAGAGGAAGGCAAUAAGCACAGAGACCCUCAAGAAGUUUGUGGCUCGCCAAAAGUGGCAGCGGUCCCUUAUCAGCUACAAAUCCAAAAUGGUCAUGAGGUCAAUCACUGAGUUGCUGAAUGACUCAUCCAGCCACAUCUCCAUCGCUGUUCCCAGACACCUCAAAGAGGGCUCACCCCCACCAUCAUCGUCCUCUGACUCCGACGAAGAUAUUGACAGGCUGCCCUUCAUUCCAAUGCCACUCAGUAUGGAGUUCUCCGGAUCAAGAAUGUCUCUAAACGAGAUCCAGGAAGGCAAAGGCACUAUUGAAAGUUCAGGGUCAGCAGUCACCCAUGGCCAAGAGGCGAUGGAGUGUGAAUCCAUGGGGAAAGAGAAAGAGGCUGGAGAUUCCACAGGUAGGGGGCACGCCAGGAAGAGGUUGACGCAAGAAAAUGACAAGGGGUCCUCGGAUGAGGAGUUGGCGCAAGUAUCUGAGAAUGCUAGAAGGCCCUUGUGCAGAGGCUCGAGCUUGGAGUUGGACAAGCAAGAGGGUGGACCCAGAAGGGGGCAGCUGCAUAGAGGGGGCUCUGCUGACAGUGCGCUGCUACUCCACAUCGUUCCAGAAGAUAGAGCAGACGACGAAAUCACUGAAAAAGGCGGACAAGUCCUCAGAAAGGCGGUAUCCAUGGAGUUCCCUAGGAGGAGCGUGAGUCCAGGUCCUCUGAGUCAAGAGGACUAUGCUCACAAACUGGAGCUGAUGAGACAGAGGUUGCUCCGAGGUGGCUCUGUGGACAAGAAAAUGAGCGGCCUGCGAGGACCCCUGCUGGAGACACUGGGUAUGGAUGAUGGAAAGUGGCGGUCGUCAUUGCUGGAGCGCUACUCGCGCACUACACGCUUAUGGGUUCCUCCAUUAACCAAGGCAGUCUCCAGCGACGAGCCCAGAGUGGACGUGCUCAAACCCAAAUUCCUUCGCAAGAGCGCCUCCUUCAGUCAAGGAGAUGAUGCAGAGCCCGUUCCCCUGCACCGACGCACCGGGGUACCACUGGAAAUCCCACUGGCUCAGAUAGAGGAGCGAAGGCUAAAGGAGGCCAUAUCCAUGUCUGCUCUCACUGAGCCAUUCAAUAAUGACUCCUGUCCCGUGACUCUCAUGGAACCUACCCCUAAACUUCCCACACCAAGCUCAGUGCCUAGGGAACAUGAGACAAAAACUAAGAUGGAGGAAGAGGACUCAUCAAUAGACAAGGAGAUUAAGACUGAGAAGUCCAUUCAUGAAAAAACGAUGAUGGAACCAGAGUACACGGACCCGAGGGAGCCUAUCCCUCCUUGGAGGGAGUAUAGCCCUCCUGUGAGGGUUCUUAAAUUAGAGGAACAAAUGAAGAAAGAUAAAGAAGAGAUUGAGGAAAAUGAGACUGUUCCUGUUGUUGAAGAAAAAGCUAGGGAAGUUGAAGAAGUACACAAAGAAGUACAAAAAGAAGUAAAAAAAGUAGAAAAGGAACUGAAGGCACAAGUGAAAUCUUCUAAGAUGGUCAUUACUACAAGUUCUAAUAGCGUCACGCCAGCACCAGCAUCUUCAAGGGCACCAGCACAUGUUAUGACUCCCUCUCCACCUGCCCUAACUGUGCUCCCAGAUGGUAGGACCUCUGCGUACACUAGUAUAAUGCAGACCAUCAUGGUCCCCUUGCUUCAGCCCCUAAUUAGCCCCCUGUUAGCAGACUCCACCCCUGUGGUUGUUCCGGUCCCUGUGCAAGCCCCAUUUCUAGCACCAACAUUUAUAAACACACCUACAUCUGUCCCGGGCCCAACAAAGCCAGUCACUCUGCUAUCCACACCAGGGGAACAGCCUGCAGUCUAUUCAAGGGUGGCAUCCCCCGAGCCCAAGGAACCGAGUCCACCCAAGGUUUCCCCAUGCACUACACCCCAGUCUGAGCUCUCGCCAGUGGGACAAAUCCUCUACGGCAUUGCCUCUGAGGAAGUAUUUGAGGCCCGCUUCAAAAAGCGUGAGUAUUCUCUAACGCGAGACCUGCAGCUUCUCAACUGGUCAAAGCCUGAGAAUAAACCAGUAGCCUCUUUGGACUCUGCCAAAUCAGGCGAAGAUGUAUACCGCUCUCGGCCCAUUGUUGCACCGUUUGUGUUUGUCCCCAGGAGACUGGAGGAGAAAUCCAAGUCGGUGCAGGAUCUCUGCGAGACCCAGAAGGACGAAGGCAUUAUGAGAAGGCUUUCCAUGCAUCUCAAGAGGACUCCUUCAACCGAAAGCAAAGAAGAAAAGCCCAAGGAGGAAGAACCAGUGACUCCCAGGCGCCGCCUCUCCUGGGCUCUCCGCAGCCGAAAAGGAUCCCAUUCCCAGGAGAGGAAGGAGGUGGAGACGAUGAGGAUGGAUGGGGGAAUAGAAGCCGAGGCGGAGCAGGAGGACAAGGAGCCGGAAAAGCCCAACGAGUCACCGGUUAUGGCCAUGCGUAGGAAGAUCGAAUCGACGGUGUCCAGGAUAUCCAGGAGGAUCCGCAGCGCCUCGGAGGAGCGAAGGAUAGCGUCCGAGGAAAGGGAAUCCAACAAGCCAGAGAGCAAGAAGACACCCCUGUUCUCCAUUCUGCACAGGUCGACUUCUGAGGGACGUAUCCUAAAGAGUAUUGCUGGAAUCCCUCCAAACCAGCUGGCUUCUCAGUCAGGCACCGGAACCUUCUCAGAGUCCAUGGAAUCUAUGUUCAGCAUCAAGUCGGAGAGAGCAUCCAAGGCAGGGGCAGAGGUAGGAAGGAGGUCCCGAUGGGACCGUUGGGGCCUACCUAGAGCUAGCAAGAAGGGCAAGAUGGUAUCGGAGUCUCACAUCCCCACGGCUAUUGCUAGAGAGAAUGACACCCUAAGCUCCCGCUUGUACACCAGACUGGCAUCUGACUUCCCUCCCGUGUUCCACAUCAAGUUGAGGGACUACACCCUGCUGGAGGGAGAUCCCAUCACCCUUAGCUGUCUCCCAGCUGGCAGCCCCCAUCCACACAUCUCCUGGAUGAAAGAUGAGAAGCCUCUGCAGAUUGACACCAGAAUGAACAUUAUCUCCUGUCCUGAUGGCAGGCAGCUGCUGAUGAUCAUGACAACCACCAAGAAGGAUGCAGGGCUAUAUGAGUGUGUGGCAACAAACCUUCUAGCUUCGGUCUCCAGCUCCUGUAUCCUCUCCCUCGCUCGUUUACCCAAUCGUCCUGGGACUCCUGAGGUUCCCCAGCGCUAUAAGAACACUGCCCUAGUCCUCUGGAAGCCCUCAGACAGUAUGGCCCCCUGCACCUACUCUCUGGAGAGAAAAGCAGAGGCUGAGAGUAGCUGGCUCAUCGUGGCCACAGGAGUGGCUGACUGCUACUACAAUGUGGUUGACUUGCCAGGAGAGGGCGUCUUCAGGUUUAGAGUGGCGUGUGUGAACAAGGCAGGCCAAGGACCCUACAGUAACCUCUCAGAGGUAGAGUGCCUGGACGCUUCAGUGCCAACAAAAUGCAGUGGAUCAGUCGUUGUGAAGACAGUCCCUGCAGCACCAGUGGUCAAAACGUCAACAAUGACCGUCCCCUCCUUGAAGCCUGCGCCUAGUAAAGGGGUGCACCCCGCCCCAUCUUCUGCCCCAUUCAGAGAGACCCCGUCUGCCUCCCUUUCCUCUUCUGCUGUACCACCGGCCAAGCCUAUCGCUACUAUCCCCGCCUCUAAACCUAUUGAUUCCAAACCCAUAGUCCCUCAGACCCCAACCAGCGCUGCUUCCGCUCCCAUGAUUAUUAGUGAGGUCCCAUCCUACCUGGCCAUCCCUGAGAUCCAAAGCCUGCUUCCGGCUCAGCACGCCCCAGUCCCGGCCAAAGCCAAGACCCUCAACAUCAACGUCACGAAACCUACACCGUCUCAACCAGCAAUCAUAACCAAGCUCACUCCCCCUAUCGUUCUCCCCAAACCCCAGAGUCCCGUCAAUAUCGUCUCGCCCAUGAUUAAGACACCGCCCCCACUUGUGGCCCCUCUGCCCGCCGUCUGUAAACCCAUUUUGUCUGUGCCCAUGUAUGCACCAAUACUGGCUGCCACACCACGCGUCACACCCGCCAUCUCAUCCCCAGUCAUGCUAAUUUCCAGCACGAGUCCAGUAGGGGAGGGUGGGGUUACACCCACACGUAUGACGCCGUCAGGAUGCAGAAUGCCCUUGGGUGGACGACCUAGUGAGAGCACCCUGCGCCAGGGAGUGCCCCAGAAACCAUACACCUUCAUGGAUGAGAAGGCCAGGGGCCGCUUCGGCGUGAUCCGAGAAUGUAGAGAGAACGCCACAGGCAACCUGUUCAUGGCUAAGAUCGUGCCCUACGAGACAGACAACAAACAGACAGUGCUGCAGGAGUACAACAUCCUCAAGUCCCUCCACCACGAUAAGAUCAUGGCUCUGCACGAGGCCUACAUCACGCCCCGCUAUCUGGUGCUCAUCUCAGAGUUGUGCAGUGGGAAAGAGCUCAUCUACAGCCUUAUCGACAGAUUCCGCUACUCAGAGGAUGACGUGGUGGGCUACAUCAUUCAGGUUCUACAAGGUUUGGACUACCUGCACAACCGCCGCAUCCUCCACUUAGACAUCAAGCCGGAGAACAUCAUCAUCACAUACAUGAACAUGGUGAAGAUCAUAGACUUUGGAAGCGCCCAGACCUUUGACCCACUCUUCCUCAAGCAGUUCAGCCCUCCUGUUGGAACUCUGGAGUAUAUGUCUCCCGAGAUGUUGAAGGGGGAUGUUGUGGGCCCUCCGGCUGACAUUUGGAGUGUGGGCGUGUUGACCUUCAUCAUGCUGAGCGGCAGGUUGCCUUUCAUGGAGAAUGAUCCACAGGAGACUGAAGCCAGAAUCUUGGCAGCCAAGUUUGAUGUGGGAAAACUCUACCAGAACGUGUCUCAAAGUGCCUCUCUGUUUUUUAAAAAGAUCCUCUGUAGUUACCCUUGGGCCCGUCCUUCCAUCAAGGACUGCUACAACAACUCAUGGCUCCAGGAUGCCUACCUGAUGAGGAUGCGGCGGCAAACCCUCACCUUUACCACCACACGCCUCAAGGACUACCUGGACAAGCAGCAGAAGCUGCGGGCGGGUGUGGCCACCAAGCACAAGGUCCUCCUUCGGUCGUACCAAAGCUCAUCCCAGUCCCCCACCAGCCCUAUACCCCCAUCUCCCAUGACACCGGUCACACAGUGAGCACGGCUUCAUAUGUCAAAUGCAUGAAGGCAGGAGCUGUUGCAUGAAAGGAGGUGCCUAAUCUAUAUGAGAAAGGUCCUAGGAUCGAGCCCCGAACAACCCCCUUGGCCCCCUAACCUGGUGAGAUGAGUUGUGAGUUGAGCUUUUCAGACAAAUGGACCUAAAAUCACAAAAUCCAGCAAUGGUUUGAGAUAUUAACAACCUCUCUGCCUCCACCAUAGAGUCCCUACAGAGAAUGUUCUUGUAAUGAGACAAUAACAGAAUAGUUCUUUGUGUAUUUCAUGGUGUGAUACAUGUUUCUCAAGGGCUGGAUGCCAGCUCAAAGUUCCAAACCUCUGCUCUCUCUUUUUAAUACUCACAAGCUCGUAAUUGUUUUAUCUAAACCUCUUGUAUCCAAGUAUCUUGUAUCUUCUCUUAACAUCUAAUACAUGUGUAAUUUUAUCUUUGAGCAUUUUCGAGCUAUAAAUACAGUGCAGAAGAUGUCCAAACUGAUGCGUAAAGGUGCAUAGCUUUCUGUAAGCAUGAACGAGGCCACUGUACAAUAUACUCUAGGCUACAAACACGAUUGACGCUUUAUUCCUUUUAUAAAGCCAUAGUAUUUGCUUUACAUGUGUGCUCCUUUGCACUUUUUAUCGAUUGCCAUUUUUAUCCAUGCAUUUUCAUAAUUUCACCAUUUGUUUUGCUAUAGCUUAUCAUAUUAGAGGUUUCAUUAGUGAAUUAUCACUGAUCAAUGAUUUGGAGAAAACUAAACCACGAUCGUUCUCCCAGCAUGUCACAUUCUUUAAUUUGGUAAUGUUUAGGCCUAUACUAAAGGUUAUUUACAAUACACGAUUACAAAUAAUAUAAAGACAACGCAUGUAAACAUCCAUGCAUAAAUAUCAACCCUGUCCAGGCCUGUUUGCUUAAAUGCGAUGCACCAUUUGGAGAAGCAAUUAGUAGUUACUCUGUAACUUAACAUGUUUCUGUUUCUACUCUGUGCAUUAGGGCCUGUCAUUUGUAUUUAUACUGUGCAUUAAUUGUACACACAUCCAGAUACUUAGCUCGUUUGUGUGGUGACUGUCAGGGAUGGGAGAUUCUCUGAAUAUUUAUUACUACGGCUGUGGACAGAUCGAGGUUAUUGGGACAGUAGCCUAUGAUGUCUUAUAUCGCUGGGUAACAAACAAACGUUGUAAUGAUGAGAGUAUAAAACUAUUGACUAUAAUCUUGUGCUGUUUUCUGUUGAUUUAAACAGUUUGUGUCAUAAGGGGAGGUCCAAGGCAGGUUGGAUUAAUUUGCAUACAGGACGGGACCAGGGAAUCUGGUCACAAUAUUGAAUUGACGUUGUGGGCAGAUGAGAGACAUUUUAUUCCUAUGUGUAGGCGUAACAAAUCUCGAUCAGAUAUUGAUUGGGUCAUCUUGAUUGGAUGACGACAACCACAUGUUAAUGCAAUGUGUAACCACAGCUUUUUACUGUAAGAAUGCAUAUGAUUGCAGACUAUUCAUCAGUUAUUCACAAUGCAGGUCCUCACUUUUAAAUUAGGAUGAUGCUUGGAGAAAGAAUGUAUUUUUGUUUUGGGUAUAUUGCCAAAUGGUUACUUACUCAGAAAAUAAAUGUAUGUAGGUGCAUGUCACAUCCACGCAGAUUAAGAAAAUGUUAAUUUAUGAAACUGUUUAUGAAACUGUUUCACCUUUUUUUAAACAUUUUGUUAAUCGAUUAUAAGUUUUGCUAUCUUCAUUAUCAAACAUUGAAACAGCAUAUAUAACAAAAUAUAUUUAUUGUGUAGAUAGAGUACCAGUUAAAAGUUACUUUUUUGGUUACUACAUGAUUCCAUACAAUGCCUUGCAAAAGUAUUCACCCCAAUUUGCAUUUUUCCUAUUUUGUUGCAUUACAACCUGUAAUUUAAAUGGAUUUUUAUUUGGAUUUCAUGUAAUGGACAUACACAAAAGAGUCCAAAUUGGUGAAGUGAAAUGAAAAAGAAUUUGUUUAACUUGUUUAAAACAAUAAUGUUUUUAUUAAAUGGAAACGUGGUGUGUGCUAUCAAUCCCCUAAAUAACAUCUGGUGCAACCAAUUACCUUCAGAAGUCACAUUAUGAGUUAAAUAAAGUCCACCUGUAUGCAAUCUAAGUGUCACAUGAUCUCAGUAUAUAUACACCUGUUUUGAAAGGCCCCAGAGUCUGCAACACCACUAAGCAAGGGGCACCACCAAGCACGCAGCACUAUGAACACCAAGGAGCUCUUCAAACAGGUCAGGUACAACCUUGUGGAGAAGUACAGAUCAGGGUUGGGUUAUAAAAAAAUGAUAAACUUUGAACAUCCCAUGGAGCACCAUUAAAUCCAUUAUUUUAAGAAUGGAAAGUAUAUGGCACCAGAACAAACCUGCCAAGAGAGGGCCGCCCACCAAAACUCACGGACCAGGCAAGGAGGGCAUUAUUCAAAGAGCCAACAAAGAGACCAAAGAUAACCUUGAAGGAGCUGCAAAGCUCCACUUUAAGCCGUACACUCCACAGAGCUGGGCUUUACGGAAGAGUGGCCAGAAAAAAAUUAUCAAACAUGUUUGGUGUUUGCCAAAAGGCAUGUGGGAGACUCCCCAAACAUGUGGAGGAAGAUACUGGUCAGAUGAGACUAAAAUUGAGCUUUUUGGCCAUCAAGGUAAAUGCUAUGUCUGGCAUAAACCCAACACCUCUCAUCACCCCGAGGACACCAUCCCCAAGUGAAGCAUAGUGGUGGCAGCAUCAUGCUGUAGGGAUGUUUUUCAUCGGCAGGGACUGGGACACUGGUCAGAAUUGAAGGAAUGAUGGAUGGAGCUAAAUGCAGGGAAAUUCUUGAGGGAAACCUGCUUCAGUCUUCCAGAGAUUUGAGACUGGGACGGAGGUUCACCUUCCAACAGGACAAUAACCCUAAGCAUACUGCUGAAGCAACACUUGACUGGUUUAUGGGGAACAUUUAAAUGUCUUGGAAUUGCCUAGUCAAAGCCCAGACCUCAAUCCAAUUGAGAAUAUGUUGUAUGACUUAAAGAUUGCUGUUCACCAGUGGAACCCAUCCAACUUGAAGGAGCUGGAGCAGUUUUGUCUUGUAGAAUGGGCAAAAAUCCCAGUGGCUAGAUCUGCCAAGCUUAUAUAGACAUACCCCAAGAGAUGUGCAGCUGUAAUUGCUGCAAAAGUUCUACAAAGUAUUGACUUUGAGAGGGGGGGUGAAUAGUUAUGCACGAUCCAGUUCUGUUUUUUUGUCUUAUUUCUUGUUUGUUUCACAAUAUAUCAUAUUUUGCAUCUUCAAAGUGGUACACAUGUUGUGGAAAUCAAAUGAUACAAACCCCACAAAAAUCCCAAAAUAGGAAAAAUGCCAAGGGGGGUGAAUACUUUCGCAAGCCACUGUAUGUGUUAUUUAAUAGUUUUGAAGUCUUCACUAUUAUUCUACAAUGAAAAAAAUAAAGAAAAACCCUCGAAGGAGUAGGUGUGUCCAAACUUUGAUUGGUACUGUAUGCUAUAUAUUAAUUGUGGUAUGAUCAUGAAGUGAUGUGGCAGAUGUGUGUCAUGAAGUUGAUUUUACAUUACAUUGUAUUUCAGUUUUAAUCAACAGCAUCAGUGGGUUUGUUUAGAAUUAAGUAUUUAAGCAGGAUUCUUCUAGUUGAAUUCCAUGGUCAGGUAUGAGAUUGCUUUUAUGGCUGCUUGCGUGUCAUGUCAUAGAGUUUUGUAUAAAAUGAUGAUAUGUUUGAUUUAUUGGAUGAAUGUAUUUCAAUUGAUUGUGAAGAUAGUAUUACCAUUUAAAGGGAGAGGGUAACUAUUGAUGUAUGAAGACCAAGAAGUACUGAGCAAGACGCCUCCAGUACAUUGAGAAGUAAACUAGUAAACUAGACAAUCAAUAUCGGCUUUGUUGUGCGAUUAUUCAAGGGGGACAAAGACAUUAUGUUACUCGAUUGUUUUUUGUGUGAUUGUUUGGUUGUUUGUUUAUUUGAUUGCUUGAGUAAUCACAAUUGGUGCAGCUCUUAAACUUCUUUGCUCUGUGGAACCUCUGAAUAUGGCAUGUGAUAGGCAUGGCAGUUAUAAAUAAUAAUAAAGAACAUACAACUUAAA